GUCAUCAAAAGAACGCAACGUACGGGAACUUUGACCUGAAGACGACUUACUCUCGUCUGCCCCUCCCUCACUGCGAAGAUGGCGGUCUCCAGAGUGUGCUGGGCGCGGGCUGCUUUGUGGGGUUCGGCGGGGCCCCCUGGACCUUAUGUCGCCCGGAGGCUGCAGUUUGUUCGCUCUGGCAUGGCCUGGGGGGCCCCUCGGUCUUCAAAGCUUCACCUUUCUCCAAAGGCAGAUGUGAAGAGCUUGAUCUCUUAUGUGGUGACCAAGACAAAAGUGAUUAAUGGGAAAUACCAUCGUUUCUUGGGUCGUCAUUUCCCUCGCUUCUAUGUCCUGUAUACAAUCUUCAUGAAAGGAUUGCAGAUGUUAUGGGCUGAUGCCAAAAAGGCUAGAAGAAUAAAGACAAAUAUGUGGAAGCACAAUAUAAAGUUUCAUCAACUUUCAUACCGGGAGAUGGAGCAUUUGAGACAGUUCCGUCGAGACGUCACCAAGUGUCUUUUCCUAGGCAUUCUUUCCAUUCCACCCUUUGCCAACUACCUGGUCUUCUUGCUAAUGUACCUGUUUCCUAGGCAACUGCUGAUCCAACAUUUCUGGACCCCAAAGCAACAAAUUGAUUUCUUAGAUAUCUAUCAUGCUCUCCGGAAGCAGUCCCACCCAGAAAUUCUUUGUUAUUUAGAAAAGGUUAUCCCUCUCAUUUCUGAUUCAGGACUCCGGUGGCAUAUGACAGAAUUGUGCACCAAGAUGCAACGUGGUACCCACCCAGCAAUACAUGAUAUCCUGGCUCUGAGAGAGUGUUUCUCUAACCAUCCUCUGGGCAUGAACCAGCUCCAUGCUUUGCAGAUGAAAGCCUUGAGUCGAGCAAUGCUUCUCACACCUUAUCUGCCUCCUGUCUUGUUGAGAUACCGUUUAAAGACUCAUACCACUGUGAUUCACCAACUGGACAAGGCUUUGGCAAAGCUGGGGAUUGGUCAGCUGACUGCGCAGGAGGUGAAGUCGGCUUGUUACCUUCGUGGCCUGAAUUCCACCCAUAUUGCUGAAGAGAGGUGUCGAACUUGGCUGGGAGAAUGGCUGCAGCUUUCCUGCAGCCUGAAAGAAGCUGAGCUGUCCCUCUUGCUACACAAUGUGGUCCUGCUUUCCAUCAACUACAUUGGGACAAGGCGCUGAGCCAACAAGGAGCGGGUGGCAUUGUCCUGCAUGCAGUCACAUAGUCCAGCAGCGUGGGACCAAACAGCACUUGUCAGCAAAGAGUGUGUGCCCUGUUAGGCGUGUGCAAGGCAGAGGAGCAGGUGCCCGUGUGGCAGCUGGAACUGAAAGAAACCCUCCUACUGGGGCGGCCCACGAGAGGUGUCAUCCCAACUUCCUCAGAAUUUGCUGGAGCUGGCUGCAGGCUUUGUACUGGGCUUUUACCAUGGUGGUUUAAGUUCGGAUCCCAGGAAGUGAGCUUUUGCCCCAGGUGGGAAUCCUCAUUUGGCUUGGGACUUACCCGCUGCCACAUUCGUUACAGCUGGGUUUUUUUCGUUUGGUUGGUUUUUUUUUUGCCGUACGUGGGCCUCUCACUGCUGUGGCCUCUCCCGUUGUGGAGCACAGGCUCCGGACGUGCAGGCUCAGCGUCCAUGGCUCACUGGGCCUAGCCGCUCCGCAGCAUGUGGGAUCCUCCCAGACCGGGGCACGAACCUGUGUCCCCUGCGUCAGCAGGUGGACUCUCAACCACUGCGCCACCAGGGAAGCUCCGUUACAGCUGUUUUUGUUCAGCCUUUAUAUCCGUGCAUGUACUUUGAUGCCCCCGUCAGCACUUUGAUAUGACCAAAAAUAGGGAUUUUUAUUUUUUGUUUCCCUCAUAGGGCUAACCACUUCCCUUUUUUUCAAAUCCUUUGAGCACCUUAACUUUUUUUUUUUUUUUAAGUAAAUAACUUAUGGGAACAUUCUAAUGGAAAGAUAAAAGAAAAUACAAGCACUUCUUGACUCAAGUGUUUACAGCCUUUCCCUCCCUCUCUUAAUUUCUGGAUUGGGCUACAGCCCCUGUGGAUCUUAAACGCUUUGCUACUUCCACUGUGUUGCAGCGAUCCAACUGUAGCUGACAGUAGCCGCCUUUGGGCCGUGGAUCAAUCCUGUAAGGUACUAAUUACUGCCCAGCCCCAGAGACCAGGAGAGGUCUACUUUGAGAUAGUAAGUUGGGUUCAGCUUUUGUCUGUGUGCAUCAGUGACCUGUAGUAACUUAUUGUAAACGCAUGAAGCACUGUUUUUAAGCUCAAGUAAAGACUGCCUGAAACCAGUUGCUGGAAAUUACUUAUGCAUACCCUAAUCAUUUUACUAAGGCUCCUUUUACAAGACUGACUGACAUAAGCUAACUAAUGGCGAGAUAACUGGUUGGAAUAGAACCUUCUGAUGGGAUGGAAAUGACAAAGGAGCUAAUUUGAAGUUGAUCCUCUUGCUGGAUUUUAAGAUGGUAACCAGGAAUAGAGAAUUUCAUAUAUAUAUAUUAUAUAUAUAUAUAAUAUAUAUAUAUGUGUAAAGUAAUGGAAUUACAAAGUGGGCCCCAAGAGUAGGGACUGAGGAGGGAAAAGCUCCAGCAGGGCAGAUCAAGGCCUGCUUCAGCUGAAAAGGUAUGUUAGGGCAUAUGAUGCAAGUCAAGCUCUUGAUGCU